UCUGCGUUUCGGCGUCAUUCAGGACCCAUACGAUCAACAUGGCGGCCACUGGCUCGAAAUCGGUUUUAUUCGUGUGUUUGGGGAACAUUUGUAGGUCCCCCAUCGCUGAAGCUGUCUUCAGAAAGAUGGCAACAGAUGCUGGUGUUGUUGAUAAGUGGAGGAUAGACAGUGCUGCCACCUCCACCUAUGAGAUAGGAAACCCUCCAGACCAUCGCGGUCAAGCCUGCAUGAAGAAGCAUGACGUGCCCAUGAGGCAUGUGGCUAGGCAGUGGGUCAUAGACAGUGGUGCCACAUCAGACUGGAAUAUAGGCAGCUCACCGGACGCCCGCGGUCUGGCAUGCCUUAGGAUGAAUGGCAUUGAGACAAGCCACAGGGCCCGACAGGUGACCAAGGACGAUUUCAUGAGUUUUGAAUACAUUCUGUGCAUGGAUGAAAGCAACAUGAGUGACCUCACAAGAAAGGCCAACUCUGUGAAAAACCACAAAGCUAAAAUUGAGCUGCUCGGUUCUUAUGACCCUCAGAAGCAGCUGAUCAUCAAAGACCCGUAUUAUGGAAGUGACGAAGACUUCGAAAAGGUGUAUGUACAGUGUGUAAGAUGCUGCACAGCUUUCCUGGAGGCCAACUCCUAACACCGCAUCUUUUGUGUGCCUGAUGGAUGAACGGGAAUUUACAACCUAAAAUGCUUUGGCUGUAAGCACUUAUUAAUAUAACCACAUAACAACUAUACCUGAAGGGCAACGAGAAAACGGUCAGGGUUGUAGAUCUGACAAACACAUUGCAUCUACUUAGAGAAGAGCUGGCUUUACAGACUGUAAAUGACGUUAAUAAAGGCAAUUUGGACUCUUUUUUUUGUUUGUUUUGUUUCCUGCAGAUUAUUCAUUUUUACUUUGAGAAAGAAUUUUAAAAAAGACCUUGUUGAACUGUUUUCCAGUUUGGAUUGCCCGUACUCUCCUUUUUUGUUUUGAAACCAGUUUGACAGUAAAGUCAUGAUGUGUGUUUUCUGCAAAAUGACUGCAUUUACAAUAUUCAGACUACAGAUAUUUUCAGCAAGGCUUCAUUUAUUGAAACUAUCUUGAAAUCAAAAUUGAAGAAGGAAAAAAGAUGGGAAAAGCUAUAUGAUUUUUGGAUCUAAAAUUUCUGACCAGAAAUACAUCUUCUUAUUCAUAUGAAAAGAAAAAGGAAAACUGUCGGCCCUCUUGUGUUAGUCACUCGUUCUCUGUCAGACUCUUUUCGUUCCCUUAUAUCUGAAUUGGUGUUACUCCCACUCGGCUGCUCUUCCCACCACUAAUACCGAUGACCAGCCCACACGUUUCACCUCCUCACUGUAGAGUUGUGAUUUCAUCACCGUGGGAGAUGGAAAAUCGGCUGUAAAUUAUUAAACAAGGGUGGAGUUCAGGGAGAGAUGAACCAACUGGUGACU